AUGCUUUCAAGAAGCUGGCUGGAACAGCUCAAGCAACCUCGGAAGGUGCUGUUCUUUGUGCUGUGGUGGACAUUUCAUUGGGGCAUCUUCGCUUUCGGCUGGUACAAGCAGGCGUCCGACAUUCGAUUAGCUGGUCUCAACACACUCACCUUUUCAGUAUGGCUGUCGCGAGGAGCCGGGCUGGUGUUGUCGGUGGAUACGAUGCUGAUAGUGUUGCCUAUGUGCCGGACGUUGAUGAGAUGGAUCCGACCGAAGUUCAAGUUCCUGCCACUAGACGAAACACAGUGGUUCCACCGACAGACAGCAUAUGCGUUGCUCGUCUUCACAUGUGUACAUGUCCUAGCCCACUACGUCAACUUCUUCAACGUCGAGAAGAACCAGAUUCGCCCUGAGCUCGCCCUUGAUAUCCACUACGCUCAAGCUGGAGGCAUCACUGGCCACAUAAUGCUGCUGUGCAUGCUCCUCAUGUACACGACAGCGCAUCACAAGAUUCGUCAGCAAUCUUUCGAGACGUUCUGGUAUACACACCACCUCUUCAUCCCAUUCCUUCUGGGCAUGUACACCCACGCCACCGGCUGUUUCGUCAGAGAUACAGCGACACCAUUCUCGCCCUUUGCCGGCAAAGAUUUCUGGGACCAUUGCAUCGGCUACGAAGGCUGGCGCUGGGAGCUCUGGACGGGUGGCAUCUACCUCAUCGAACGCCUCUACCGCGAGAUCCGUGCCCGCCGAGAGACCAAGAUUGUCAAGGUUAUCCGCCAUCCCUACGAUGCAAUGGAAAUCCAAUUCAGGAAACCCAGCAUGAAGUACAAAGCAGGCCAAUGGCUCUUCCUCCAAUGCCCUUCGGUCUCAGGCCAGCAAUGGCAUCCUUUCACCAUCACCUCCUGCCCCUACGACCCUUAUAUCUCCGUCCACGUCCGUCAAGUCGGCGACUUCACGAAAGCGCUCGGCAAUGCCCUUGGCUGCGGUCCUGCUCAAGCCAAAGACUUCGCCGCGUAUGAGGACAACGGUAUCUACGAAGUAGCGCUCAACAGCGGCCAAGAAAUGCCCGCCCUGCGCAUCGACGGACCUUACGGUGCCCCUGCAGAGGACGUCUUCGACAACGAGAUCGCUGUCCUUGUCGGCACGGGUAUCGGCGUUACACCGUGGGCGUCCGUGCUGAAGCACAUCUACAACAUUCGUGCUGGGCCUAACCCGCCUAAGCGUCUCAAGCGUGUCGAGUUCAUCUGGGUCACACGCUCAAUCGAGUCUUUCGAGUGGUUCCAAACCCUUCUCUCCUCCCUCGAAGCGCAGUCCGAGCAAGCGGCCGCCACGCAAGGCGGACCUGAGUUCCUGCGCAUCCACACAUACCUCACGCAGAAAGUCGACCAGAACACCGCUGCAAACAUUUACCUCAACACCGUGGGCAACAACCUCGAUCCCCUCACAGAGCUGAAGACCAAGACUCAGUUCGGGCGGCCGGACUUCAAGCGUCUGUUUGGCGCGAUGAGGGACGGUCUGAUGGAUCAGAGUUAUAUGGAUAUGGGCGACGUGAGCGUCACGGCGAGCACCAAGGCGACAGUGGGUGUAUACUUCUGCGGGCCUGGUGCGGCGGCAAGAGAGAUCAGACAGGCGACCAAAGGGAGCAGCAAUGACUUGGUCAAGUUUAGGUUUUGGAAGGAGCACUUUUAG